GAAGAUCGCAAUGUCACGCCAAGGCCAUUCCUGAUAUCACCAGCAACUGCCCCGAUGAACAACUCCAACAAUGUAGCUGCCUAUGAUGCUCCGCAGACGCUCACCAUCCUCGAGUCGAUCGCAACGUCAAACUUUGGCACGAGCGACCUGAUGAAUGCAGCCAAGUACCUUCGACACCCAGUGUCAGCCGUGCUGGAAGUUGGUCCUGGAUCGGGUCGAUGCCUCGACUACUUCUUGCAACUGGAUUCAGCGCCUGAAGUGAUUGUUGGCAUCGAAGUUAGCUCUGUCUUGGUGAAUCACUUGACAACCAAGUACAGAGAGGACAAGCGUGUGUCCAUUGUACUCGGAUCUGUUCUGGACGACACUGUCCUCGCAAGGAGCAACAACAAGUUUGACGCUGUCCUCGUCAUGUGGUCCACACUCAUGGAGUUCUCCCCCGCGGAGCAGCAGCGCAUCUUCCUUCGUUGUGCCCAAUGGCUUACCUCAGGUGGACUUCUGCUCGUGGACGUGUCGAACCCUGGGAACCGCGGCCAUGUCACGCUUGUGCACAGUCAGCCAAUCUCCUACGAUGUGCCGAUGGGAGGUCAGCUGCAUGUGUAUCUGCCUAGUCCGGAGGAAAUGGCUGCAUAUGCACAAGCUGCGAACCUGAAGUCCAUCGCGGUGGAAGACUGGACCCCUCCGAACAACGUCGUGCGCAGGCUGUAUGUGUUUGAAAAGCCAUAAGCGUGACGAAUGUAUUACUCAUUCUUCGCCCGACGAGUCGGAGCUUGACUCCGAGUUCUGAUCUCCAUUGUUGUCUUCGUCGUUCCUUUUGUCUGAGUUGCUAUCUUUGGUUUUUUCUUCUGUCGCGUUGUUGCGAGGAGGUGCAGUGGUGGUCCGUGCAACGUCACAUGCAGCCCCAAUGCCAAGGCCACGCCCCUGCAACCGUGCGUGGUAUCUCUGCAACUGCUCCUUGGCCCGUUGAAUCUCACAGUCUGUCUCUCGGAUAGACAUCAACAGGCCCAAAUUAGUCUUCAUGAGCUGCGAGUUCACGCUCCGGGCAUUGUUCAGCACCUUCAGUAGGGAUCCAUCGUCCAUCACACACCACGCCGAUAACGCAAAU